CUCCUCCCCCCGGUCGGCACAGCCAGUGUCAGCGGCACAAAUGAUUGACUGCAUCCUUAUCCAAAAACAAGAAUGGGCGUAGUAAAGGUUUUAGAAGAUAGACUAACCUGAGGUUAGUAACCUCACUAACAAUCCACAUAACGGGAAUCAUGCAGUCUGAGUGUGCCUAAUGAAACAUGUUUGCUGUAACAUCUCCGUGGCUCUGCUGGACUUUACUGUCUGUCUCCCUCGUGGGGUUUACCUGUGCAGGAUCAUUUGUAGUGAAUGUGACUCAGACCUCCUGUCAGGCAGAGGAGAACCACAACAUCACACUGGAGUGGACGUUCACAGUAGAAACAGGCAGAUCCCCCACAUAUCUAAUAAUUUACUGUGACCUGGUAACUGGUAAUAAAUCCUCACUCCUGUAUCAUGUCCAUAAUGGUGCUGAAGUCUCAGAGUCUCAGGAUGAAAAGUUUUCAGGACGAGUUCAGAGUGACAGAGACGCCCUCAGAGAAGGACGAAUCAGACUCCAGCUGUGCAGACUCAGGACUGAGGACUCGGGACAAUACAGAUGUGAAGUAAACACAGAUUAUGGUCUCAGCUCUGCAAACUGUAGACUCACCGUCACUGCAGCUGCUUCACAAGAAGAGAGAGACUGGAAGAUUAUUAUAAUUGUCCUGACAGCAGCAGCAGCAUUAGUAGCUCUGCUGAUGUGCGCUUUACUUUGGUCUGUGUGUAGAAAAAAGUGCUAAACUUCUGUACAGCUGUAAACAUCCAUAAACUCUCAGGGACAGAGUCACUCAACCAAGAUACACGAAUAGAUAGAAAUAUAUGUAGAUAUUAAUAAUGCUCUAUGUUUUACAAACCCCAUUUUCAAAAACAUUGGGAAACUUUUUAAAACUGCAAUAAAAACUCAAAUGUGGUCAUUCACUUUAACUUUAAUUUAACAGGCAAAUUAACAGAAUACAGAUUUUAAGUGUUUUCAAUAACAAACUUAUUUCUAUUUGAUAAACACAUUUAGAAAUUGAUGCCUGCAACACUCUCCAAAAAGUAAAUUUCACCUUUUCUUUUAAUUUCACGUUUAAUUUCACGUCAUUUUUACAAUUUUACAAGUGGAAAUUCUUCCUGAUUCUUUUCAUGAGGGCGAUGGGAGCCUCAACUGAUGGUGUCUUUGCAUAUGUGCAAAUCCCCCACACCAUCACAGAGGCUGGUCUUUGCACCUUUCUUUGAUAACAGCGUGGAGCUUUUUCUUCUUUGAAAUGUUGAAUUGAAUGUCUGAAGUACUGCUGAGCCCAUGCGGCUGUCAGUCAGUUUUUACUGAUAAUAAUAAAAAAAUGUCUGCGAAACUUUCAGUGUGGGUUUAUCCACACAGGCUGUUUGUUACGUCAUUUUGUUUUUAGGCCAAAAAGGAAAGUUUUUUCAGGGUUAAAGGUUUUUUUUUUAUUUUAGCUGCCAGCUAUUAGUUGGCAGCUAACAGACAAUGAGUCACUCUUACAUGUGUCAGGUCUUCAGUUACCACCAGAGGGUACAGAGGAAACUUACUGCAGGAAAUAAGCAAAGUGUCCUCAUCUAACAUGGUACAAAUGUUUCUUUCAUUUAGCAUCAUAUUGGCUUUGAUACAAAGUAACUCAAUUGUCUGGAUGGUUUGAGGCUAAGAGACGUGAGACUAACACUAACCCUGUAACACGAUAAAUUUGUGUUAUCUUAACCCUUUAUGUUUUAAGUUAUGAGUU